UUCUUCCGCUCUAGCCUCGCUCCGUUCUCAUACUUCAUCACCUCUCUUCGGUAACGUCUCCGCUCCCUCCUUUCCCGUCACUUCUCUCAUCGGUACCUUCGUAGCCCAGUCCACAUGUCGUACGACGGUAAGUUUUCCUGCGAAUCUUCCCUGAAGCGCCUUCUUGCUCGCUGUUCCGGUCUCCGCUCCGACCGCAAGCUCCUUGCUCUCUCCCAGAAGGUCGGUGCUGUCACCGCGGAAGAUAUUGCAGAGGCGAUCGCGGAGCCGUUCCUUCACCCUAACUAUACUAUUCCAAUAGUCGGAUGCUUCCGCCCGCUCUGCCGUCUGAUAGUAGACAGGGCCGUGACAAAGCUUGGUAGCGUCCCUAGCUUGAUAUCGAUGUCUGACGAGGAAUCGGAUGACAUUGGAGAAGAUGACACUCGCGUGAUAGAUUUUUAUAUGGAAAGAGGGAGGGGCUUGCGUCUCCACGAGAUGGCUUCAUUGGCCUUGUGCCGGGCACUAGAUUUGGCACCAUUCUUUCUCAGGUGCAUCAUAAAUUAUUUCAGAUUUUCUCCCCAACCCUUUGCACGCCUCGAGUUGGUGGGUUUUGAUUCCCAGAUAACCGACAAGGGUGAAAAGCAUCUUCUUGAUGUAAUUCGGUUAACUUACCGUUUUUUAAUAAUGGAGCCACAAAUAUUUUCUGGCUUAUGGGAUUGGACCUGCUUUUUAGACCUUAUGCAACAAACAUCAAAUGUUGGGGCUAGCCUUGCUCCAAGACGCCUGAUAAAUAUAUUGGACAUAAGAUGGUGUGGAAUUCAAAUUCUCUCUACUUCUCUUAAAAUAAGUGAUAGAGCUACUGAAGAUUUUGGCUUGGGUUCAGAUGAAGCUUUUGCCUGUUUACUUCGGUUUGAGGAAUUCUGCCAGGAUACCUCAUUGGAAAAGGCUGGAUUUUAUCUCCAAUUAGUCGAGGAAGAUCAAGAAAGGUUCUCAGUUGGAAUUGAUAAUUUUAGUCAAUUUUUUGACUUUGACUAUCAUAGUCUAGUUUCAUCUACUAAUUUGCUUAAGAUUGAGUCUGGAAUAAAGGAUGUUCGACACAAGGUUUUGCGUGUUGUGCCUGGUAAGCCAUUUGUCAUGACUUCUACGAUUAGAAGAAGUUUUGAGAUGAUAUUAAUGGCGGUGGGUCAAAGAUGGCCCAUACUUCUGCAUGGUCCUGCUGGUUCUGGAAAAACAGCUAUUAUUAAUAUGUUGGCAGAGAUCAGUGGGAAUCAAGUUUUGUUCAUUCACAUGGCCGAUGAAAUGGAUAGCAAAAUGUUGAUUGGGAACUAUGUUUGUUCGAACCAACCUGGUGAAUUUAGAUGGCAUCCUGGUUCACUUACACAGGCCAUUUCAAAAGGAUAUUGGGUCGUGUUUGAAGACAUAGACAAAGCAUCUAUUGAGGUGCAGUCAAUCAUAUUGCCCUUGCUAGAAGGUUCAAAUAUUUUUGUUACUGGUCGUGGGGAGGAAAUUGAUGUCAGUGAAAACUUCCGUAUGUUUGCCACAAUAUCAACCUUGAAGCAUGAAGUUUCACAUGAGAUUGAAGGAAGGCUCUCCUUUUGUACUUUAUGGAGGAAAGUGUUAGUUAAAAUUCCUAACAAUGGAGACAUGACCGAGAUUGUAAAUGCUUGGUAUCCAAAUUUAAAUCCACUUACCUCAAGGCUUAUGGAUACUUUCGUAAUAAUAAACUCUCAUUCUUCCAACCAAGUGGGAGCCCAUGCUUGUGGGGGUUCAUCUGGCGCUGUAUCUAGGUUUUCAUUGAGGGAUCUUUUGAAAUGGUGUAAGAGGAUCUCAGAUUUGGCUAUCAGUGUUUCUGGUUUUCCAAUUUCAGUUACUGAUUGCCAAGCUAUUUAUCAUGAGGCUGUUGAGACAUUUGUUGCAUACCUCCCCUGUUCACCAAAAAAAUUGUUAAUGAUGAGAGAAAUUGCCAAGGUGUGGGGUGUUCCCUUGCCAGAGACAGAACAUGAUUAUCCUCCUAACAAGCCUGUUAUCCAGAGUUGUAGGUCUCAUCUGCAAGUUGGAAGAGUUGCUCUCCCGUUUACUCAGAUUCCAAAUUUGCCACCUGGUAGACCCUUUGUUGGUAUUCGCAGUUCCCUGCAUGCUCUCGAGAGGGUUGCAUCCUCUGUGAAGUACAAUGAGCCUGUUCUUCUAGUUGGAGAAACUGGGACUGGAAAGACAACUCUUGUGCAGAAUCUUGCAAUGAGACUUGGGCAACAACUCACUGUCUUGAAUCUUAGCCAGCAAAGUGACAUUGCUGAUCUUUUAGGGGGAUAUAAGCCUGCUGAUGCACGCUCAAUUUGUAUACCUCUUUACCAAGAGUUCAAGGAAUUAUUCUGUAGAACUUUCUCUGAGAAGGAAAAUGAAUCUCUACUUCGCCAUCUUGAAAUAUAUGCUGUUGAAAAAAAAUGGAAGAAGUUGCUAUGUGCAUGUCAACAGUCUGUCGACUACGUCAUUCAGCGUGCUCCAUCAUCUUGUGGCUCGAAGAGGAAGAGACCUUUGACAGAAGUUCUUCAUGAGUGGGGAACAUUUUCUUUGAGACUUAAAGCUGCUCAGAAGCAAAUCGGAACUUCUUCGGGUGUCUACUUUAAAUUUGUCGAGGGAGCUUUUAUAACUGCUUUAAGGAACGGCUAUUGGAUUUUACUUGAUGAGAUUAACCUUGCUCCUCCAGAGACAUUGCAGAGAAUUACUGGAGUCCUGGAUAGUGAGAAGGGUACGCUUUGUCUGGCUGAAAGGGGUGAUAUUGAUUACAUAGAUCGUCAUCCAUCCUUCCGGUUAUUUGCUUGCAUGAAUCCGGCAACAGAUACUGGAAAGCGUGAAUUGCCAUAUUCUUUAAGAAGUAGAUUUACUGAGUAUUUUGUAGAUGAUAUUCUGGACGAAAAUGAUCUGACUCUUUUUGUUAGGCGAUACAUGGACGAGAUGGAUCCUGAUAGUGGAUUUUCUAAUAGGAUUGUUCAUUUUUACAAAGCUGCCAAACGAGAAUCAGAGGAGAGGUUGCAAGAUGGGGCUAAUCAGAAGCCACAAUUCAGUUUGAGGUCUCUUGCACGUGCUCUGGAAUAUUUUAAAACAGCAGCAAAAACCUUUGGCAUCCAAAAAGCUCUUUAUGAUGGAUUUUGCAUGUUCUUUCUUACUCUGUUAGAUUGUCCCAGCGCGAAAGUAAUGCACAGCAUGAUAGUUUCUUAUAUCCUAGGUGGAAGUUUACCCAAAGAUGUUCCUUUUGAUGCCUAUUUCUCCAGCUCAGUUGGGUUUUUGGAUGAUUAUGUUCUCACUAGAAGUGUUAAGGAAAAUCUAAAGAACAUUGCACGGGCAGUUUAUAUAAAAAAAUUUCCUGUUCUUUUACAGGGCCCAACCUCUAGUGGGAAGACUAGCCUUGUACAUUAUCUUGCUUCUGUUACUGGUCAUGAGUUUGUGCGUAUCAACAAUCACGAGCAUACUGAUUUGCAGGAAUACUUUGGCACCUAUAUCACUGAUUCCCAAGGAAGGUUGCUAUUCCAAGAAGGUGUAUUAGUGAAAGCAGUGCGCCUUGGUUACUGGAUUGUCUUGGAUGAGCUGAAUCUUGCUCCAUCUGAUGUAUUGGAAGCCUUAAAUAGAUUGUUGGAUGACAACAGAGAACUUUUCAUACCUGAACUUCAAGAAACUAUUCGUGCACAUCCUAAUUUUAUGCUAUUUGCAACUCAAAAUCCACCUACAUUAUAUGGAGGACGGAAAAUGCUAUCUCGAGCUUUCCGUAAUCGAUUCUUAGAGAUACAUGUUGAUGAAAUUCCCGAAGAUGAACUUUCUAUGAUUUUGGAGUUGAGGUGCAAAAUUCCUCCAAGCUAUGCUUCAAAAAUGGUUGAAGUUAUGAAGGAGUUACAGUUGCAUCGGCAACACAGUAAAAUCUUUGCCGGGAAGCAUGGCUUUAUUACUCCCCGUGAUUUGUUUCGAUGGGCAAACCGGUUUAGGAUGUUCGGAAUGUCCUAUGAAGAUUUGGCAAAGGAUGGUUAUUUUCUUCUCGCUGAAAGAUUGAGAGAUGAAAAUGAGAAAGUCGUGGUUCGAGAAGCUUUGGAGCGCCACCUUCGUGUGAAACUCAAUGUGGAUAACUUGUAUAUGGAGGCAAAUCAAGAUCAAAGUUCUCUCAAAUCCAUUGAACAAAAUUGUUCAAACCAAAACUUUGGAAAUAUCACAUGGACCAAUAGUAUGAAGAGGUUAUUUUUUCUUGUUGAACGCUGUUAUAGAUUGCGUGAGCCUGUUCUCCUGAUUGGUGAAACUGGUGGUGGGAAAACAACAGUAUGCCAAUUGUUGAGUGUUUAUUUGAAGGAGAAGUUGCAUAUCUUGAAUUGCCAUCAAUAUACAGAAACUUCUGACUUCAUUGGGGGAUUCUAUCCUGUACGAGAUCGUUCGAAAAUGUCCAACCUAUUCAUACAGCUAAUUGAGCAGAUCAAUGCAUCGAGAUUCUUUAAUUUCUUCUCCAGAGAAGAACUUUCCACUGACAUUACAAAAGCUUCAUCGACUAUCACUAUCCUAAAUGAACUUGUGAAUACCUAUAAGCAAAAUAUACCUUUGCACACAGUUAUUAGUCAACAAGAUCUCAAAGUGUUUCAGCAAUUGAAUAGUGAUCUUAUACAUCUCCAUCAGAAAUGGCAGACCAUAUUCCUUUGGCAGGAUGGUCCCCUUGUGCAAGCAAUGAAGAAUGGUGAUCUUUUUCUGGUUGAUGAGAUUUCCUUAGCAGACGAUAGUGUUCUUGAGCGCUUGAAUAGUGUUUUAGAACCUGAAAGGAAAUUGUCAUUAGCCGAGAAGGGCGGUGCUAUUCUUGAGCAGAUAACUGCACAUCCAAAUUUCUUUCUUCUUGCAACAAUGAAUCCAGGUGGUGAUUAUGGGAAGAAAGAAUUAUCACCAGCACUACGUAAUCGCUUUACAGAGAUAUGGGUUCCUCCUGUCAGUGACAUGAAUGAGUUUAGAAGUAUUGCUCAGGAGAGAUUCAUUAAUCCAGAUCUAUCACCCUUUGCCAAUCAUAUGCUCAACUUUUGGGAGUGGUUUAACAUGCUUCAAAUUGGUAGAUCUCUUACAUUAAGAGACUUAUUAUCAUGGGUUUCUUUUGUCAAUGUUACGGAGCGAGACCUUGGAUCUAUAUGUGCUUUUCUCCAUGGAAGCUUUCUCGUUUUACUUGAUGGAUUAAGUUUGGGUACGUCUGCUUUUUAUAUUUUAUAUUUGCUUCUUGGCCUCCAAUUAUUUGAACAUAAAAAGAGAAAUCUUGAAUUGACCUUUAGUUCUACAACAACCAUUGCAGCUCUCAAAUGCUCUACUGCUUCUUGUUGUACAUUUUGCUUAGAGGAUUUAUGUCAGCAAUCAGAUUUUGAAGAGUGGUUGUUAACUGUUUCUUUGUGUGAUGUAACAAGCUUUUUAUUUGAUUUAGAGUUGCUCUCCAAAUUCUCAAAAUGCAUGCUGGCGGAUACUUCUGAACUUCAUGAGGGUUUACUCAACUUGUCAGAUUCUCUAGUACAUUCAGUCGAAUACGCCUUAAAUUUCUCAUCUAGGCCUCCAAUGGAUUUCACAUCACAUCAAACAAUUUUAUGGAUUCUUGAUGCAUGGAAAACUUUUGAUUCAGUUAAUGCAGAACUCUCCAUGACGGUUAUUGACAUGUGGUUCAAAUUUCAUAGUUUCCUUUGGGGUCUAUGCUCAAAAACAAACCUGAUGAUGAAACUAGAUUUCGAGGAAAUAUGCCUCGUGCUUCCAUCAAGAACUGCCAUAAUAGACAAGAUCUUGCAAAGCAAUUUCUCUAUAGUAGAUUAUGACAUCCAAUGUUUGAAACUUAGCACUACUUCUCGUAAUCUUUGGCAAGCAACACUGUCACAAGGAGAAAUAGUUUGGUUUCUUCACUCAGCUGCUGAUUCUCUUUUCAAGCAGAUCAUAUUUGUGCAUUAUAAAUAUUUUACUGAAGAUGUAUUUUGCAAGAUCAGAUCCUUCCUGUGCUCAGCUUUUGGAAAUUCUACGCUGGAAGACAUACUGAACCUGAAGAUACUAAUCUCUUCCUCAAAUCAUGUUGGGUUGUGUUCUGUCGUGGAUCUACUUGUAGAACCUAUUCUAAGAGAAUUAUACAUGAAGCAUCCAUCUAGUGAUUAUCUUUAUAACCUAGGUUGUGCAUGGUUACAUAUUGGCAUGCUAAGGUUUUAUCUGCUAAACCAAGAUGGUCCUGAUCCAGCAUUAGAGUUUUCAUUCAAACAUUCGAAUAUGCUGCGGAAGAUAUCUUUAUUUGACCUUGAAACUAAGGUUCGCCAAGAAUGUCAGCUUCUAUCUGGAAAGGAUUUAGUCUUAUAUAAUGAAGAUCAGAGACUACUUACAUCACAAAAGCUCAAGGAGGAGGAGAAACAAUUACGAGCAAAGGUUGUGUUCCGCCCAUCAUGUUCUGAGUAUAGUCAUCUCAGAUCAGAAUGUUUUGAUUAUGGAAAGCUUUGCUCUUCAUUGAUUGAGGAUCUUAAAAAUAUGGGAAAUAUCUCUUCAAUGGUCCUCUGCAAUUGGCAGGCUACAUCUUCAAAGUUCAUAAAUCGUCUGUCAGAGAAAUAUGCUAAUUAUGCUGACCUGGUUCAACCAGUUCUGGUUGCAGUUUAUGAAAUGAAAUUAGGUGUGUCACUGGUUUCAUCUAGUGCUCUGCAAAAGGAUUAUCUGGAAAAGGUUGGAGGAGAUGAUAUUCAGAAGAUCAAGGCCGAAGUCUAUUCUUUUAUGCAGUUCCCAAGAAGUUUGCUGUAUGAUAGCAUCCCUGUUAAUCUGAAGAAUUAUGAGCAGGACUCCGUGGAUAAAUUUGUUUAUGCUUCUGCAACUACGAAUCUUUGGAGCAUUGAAUUAAUGAAGAAAUUGAUUAAUUAUUCAAGUGAAACUAAUCUUGAAAAAAAAGUGUCACCUGUACCGCUGGAUAAUAUACUUCAUUAUGUUAUGCUAAUUCAAACUACUGAUCAUGUUUUAUAUUCGCAUAUAUUGGACAAAGAUUGCUUCCUGGUGCUAAAUUGUACAUUUGAUCGCUUUGCAAAACUAUGGAUUGACAUGAAAACACAAUUGAAAGCCAAGGAAGAUGAAGAUCAAACUUUCAAGUUUAGAACUCGUUUAAUCAAGAUAGAAGAUAUCAUGGAAGAAGAAGAGUUAUCUGAUAAUGCAAUGGAUUUUGAUGAGAGACUGCUAUCUGAGACAAGCAAAAAUGAACAGGAGUUCAAUGAAAUGAUGAGACCUGUUGAAGAGGAUAAGAAAAUAGAAGAAGAAUGGGAGCUUAUUCAUGAGACAUUCUCGAAGAGUUUGGUACGGAUUCACAGUUUGUUAUAUGGAUCAAUUGGCAUCGUUGAAAAUCCUAGUGCUCGUUUUGUUGCCAGAGAUGAUAGAUUGAUCUCCUUCUUGCAAUCCUAUAAGUUGGGCACCAGAAUAAUCAAGGAUAUCGAUGCAUUUACUCCUCUAUCUGAUGACCAACUUAUGCCUGAAUAUCUUUUUCGUGUGUGCUUGGAGUAUGAAGAAAAAUUUGGCAUAGCAUGCAAACCACCUCGUGCAUACAAUAUUUACAAGGAUUCAAAUUCUAUUGUGCUACAUAAAAUGACUAAACCACUUGGCGCUAUCCACAAACGAGUUGAACUUUUCCUGGUUGAGUGGCCAGACCAUCCAGGUCUUCAGAAUUUGGGUAAUAUUAUUGAGAAGCUAUUGUCAGCACCACUUAGCACACCCGUGUCGAAGGCACUACUUGGCCUGCAAAUUUUAGUUCGUAAGGCCAAAUUUUUACAGGAAAAUGCUUCCAUGUUUUCGUUCAAAGAUCUGCUCGAUCCAAUUUAUUCUUUGAUCUCUUCAUGGCAAAAACUUGAACUAGAUAGCUGGAAGACUUUACUUGAUGAUGUUGAGGAGCAAUUUGAGAUUAACGCUGCAAAGCUUUGGUUUCCUUUAUAUGCUGUUCUUCAUCGUGGAACAUCUUAUGAUGCCGAGGCUGAUAAAUUGUUUACCAUUCAAAGUAUUGAGGAAUUUGUCAAAAGUUCGAAUGUUGGAGAAUUUAAGAAACGGCUUGAUCUUCUUUUUUCUUUCCAAGGCCAGCUCAAUCAUGGUGUUGUCCUAAAUGCUUAUUCCAGUUCAACUAUGAGAGAGAAUGUAAACGUUCUGUACAAUGCAUUUGGCUACUAUGUGCAGUUCCUGCCUAUAGUGGUUGACUACAUUGAAACUGAAAGAAAAAGUAUAGAAAAAGAUUUGAGAGAACAGCUUAAGCUUUUCAGUUGGGAACGUUCUCAUGACUUGUCCAUAGAGAGCUUUAGUAGAAUGCGGCAGAAGAUCCGGAAACUUGUCCAAAAAUACAAUGAAGUUUUACAACAACCUUUGAUGCUCGUUGUUCACCAAGAAGCAAUAUCAAAGAGGGAGAAAAUUCCUGCUUGGCUUGAAAGUUGGACUUCUGAUGAAACAAAUGUAGAUGUCUUGCAGUGUCCCUUGUCUGUUAUAAAAAGCAACAAUGUGAAAAGGUUCUUUUGGUUUACUAGCUGGAUGGACAAGGCUAAUAUGUUAACAAAAAAUGAUAUCUUAUGUGCUCAAGGAUUGUCGGAUGUCAAACACACGUUGACUUCUCCAACUUCAUUCAAUGAAUUAGAGAAGUCAUGGGAGGAAAGCUGGUUUUCAAUUGAAAAUAUAAGCAGAAAGGCAGCUCAAUUUGCUCAUAUUUGGAGACAUGGAACUAAGAACCUCACAAAGAGACGGAUGUUAGGCAAUUUGUUAAAGGUUCUUGAAAAGAGUGGAUUAUCAAGGCAUAGACACAUAUCCGAUGAGCUUGGGAUUAGCAUGUACUCUCAUCCUUCCUACAAUGUGCUGCAUUUACUCUUGCUUGGGGACUUGCAUAAAUCUUCUAGGAAUAUUAGCACCAGUAACCAGGUUCAGUCUGACAAUCGGGGAGAUGAUAUAUUUGGUUUUAAGUUGAAGUCUACAAACAUCACUUCUCAGGACAAUAAAGGAGAUGACAUAAUUGGUUCGAAGUGGAAGUUUGCAAACGAGCUUUACUUUAAAAACUUAGCUGUUAUGAAUCAGCUUCAAGAAGUUUGUCUUAAUUUUAGCAAGGAUUUCAGUAAGGAGCAGGUUGAUCAAACAAACUCUUUUCUUUGUCAACUAGUUUUCAUCCAGCAAGAACAGAGAGAUGCUAUGUAUAGUGCAUAUGAGCACUUGAAGAAACUACAACUGAAAUUGCGGUGGAUGAAUGCAGGAGAACAAAGUGAAGAUCUCACUAUAGCUAUGAACCAAUCUGCUCUCCUUAUGUUAAUGUGGAAGCAAAAGAAUGUAUUUGACAGCUUACUUGCCAUGUCAAGAGAGACAAAUAUGUUGCUUGGAUCUUUCAAAAGUUGUCACCUGGAUACCUGCAAGGUUAUCGAGGAUGAAGUUGAUAGAAUUUAUUCUGUGAUUGAUAUGUUCCUUCCUAGAUUUUCAAAAUCAAAGGAAUCACUGGAUAUGUACCUACUCUGUAAUGAUAGUAUUGUUUCAGCAGCUACUGAACUCCCCUUCCUUAUUACCAAGAAAAUGGAAGACCUGGUGAUAUCCAAUUCUGAAAUAAUUAAUGCUUUUGAAGAAUCUAUUCUCGUUUUUAGUUUUGAUAAGGCUUUCCCAAGGUCCAUUGGAGGCACUUUGCUGAGUCGCUUUGAACAGAUCAUUCCUAAGGGGAAGAUGAAGGUAUUGAUAUCUCAGAUUGAUAAGGAUAAACAGUGUGCUACUAGAGAAAAUUCCAUGAACCUAGAGACUUUUUACACUGAAAGUUAUGAGCGAACAAUUAAACUCUUGUUGGAUGUUUAUGACAAAUUGUACACAAACAGUGUGUACAAUAUUCCUGUUCAUGACUUAUCUGGGCAAAUAGCUUUAUGGAAUCAACUUUUUCAGUCACAUAAAAAGGUUCUACGACUGGAAGAAAUUGAUGAUGCUUUUGGUGAAACAAUUUCUGCAGCAAGAAAAUUUGUUGACUCGUUUUCAGAUAGGAAAGAUGAAGUGUGUUCUCAGAUGCAGAUACAACUUAAGCAUCUUUAUGUCCUUUUGGACCUUAUCCUAACUUUUGGAGAUGGCAUCCUAUUUGAAUUUUUGGAUGUGCAUGCAGCAGUAGCUGAACUAACAAACGUGCUCGCCCAUAUAUUUAUAUUGAUUUUUUCUAAAGGAUUUGGAUCAUCACAAGAAGAAACAGAAAACUCAAAGUGCAAUGGGACUGAAGAUGCCAGUGGAACAGGAAUGGGAGAGGGUGAAGGAGUUAAUGACGUAAGUGAUCAGAUUGAGGAUGAAGCUCAGCUCCUUGGUACAUCUGAGAAGCACGAUGGACAGGAUGAGUUAGAAAAACAGCCCAAUGGCAAUGAUAAAGGAAUAGAAAUGGAAGAAGAUUUUGAUGGUGAAACAUUCAGUGUCAGUGAGGAUUCAGAAGAUGAUGACCUUGAGGAUGAGGAGGACCCAAACUUGGAUUCUCAGAUGGGACAGACAGCAGAGGGUGACCAGAAAGUAGAUGAGAAACAAUGGGAUGGGGAUGAAGAUGAUAAUACUGAAAAUCGUUCAGAGAAAUACGAGCCAGGUCCUGCGGUCAAGGAAAAAGAUUCAGGUAGUAGAGAGCUUACUGCUAAGGAUGACAAUGCUCUUGCUGCAGAUGAUUUGGAAGAUAUAGACAAAAAUCAAGAUGACAGGCUUAACGAGGAGGAUAAUGAUUCCAAAAAAAAUGAAGAUGAUUUUAAUUCUGAUGAUAUGGUUGUAGACAAAAGCAAAGCAUUUGAAGAUCCUACAGAUAUUCAAAUUGAGGAAGAAGCAAAACAAACUGAAGAUGCUGAUAUGGAUGAGCCUCAAGGUUCUGAUAUGGAUGAAUCAGAGUUGGGUUCCUUUGGAUCUGAUGAAGAAAUGAAUGAUGUGGAUGACAAGUCCAAAGAAGACAAUGUUGUUGAUGAGGAUGUUUCUCAAGUGGACAAUAAUUCAAGGAUCGAAGUGGAAGAGAAAGCUGAAACUGCAAAUAUGGAGCCAGAGUCAAAUAAGGAAACUCUUCCGUCUGAUACAACGGAGACCUUUGAAUAUCCAUUGGAAGGGAAAGAAUCAAUCAAGUCCUCUGGUAAUUCUCAUAGAAUAGAAUCCUUAAUGGUGUCAGACAUGCUUGCCGCUGACAACAAUGACAUAAAUAGUAGCAUUGCUCCGUCGAGGUCUUUACUAUCUGAUGAAAUGUCCAAAAUCGAAAUUGCAUCCAAUUCAGUUGACAAUUCUAAAAUUUCAUAUGAUCAGUUUCAGUUGAAACCUGAGAAUUCACAGGACAGCUGCUCAAGGACCAGACCAAAUCCUUACAGAAGUCUAGGAGAUGCAAUGGAAGAUUGGAAAGAGAGAGCUAAAGUGUCAGUUGAUCCACUAGAAAGUCUGCCUGAAUUAGUUGAAAAUCUUGCCAAUGAGGAUGCAGAAGAAUAUGAAUUCGUUGCAGAUGCUGAAAAGAGCACCUCUCAGGCUCUUGCAGCUGCGACAUCUGACCAGAUUAACAAUAACCUUGAUAACAGCAAAUCUUCAGCGGAUGAGAAUCAUAGGAGGAAGAAUGAAGAUACUAAUCAAAACAGGGUGAAGGAAAAUUCUGACACAAGUUAUCUUAAUCCGCGACAAGAUUUGGUUUCAAAGAAAAAAGACGAUGAGCUUCCUUACAUGGAUAUUGGAAAUGAUUCAUUGAUGACAGAAAUGGGACAAAUUAGUAAUUUGAAUAAUCAAUAUGAGAGUGUGGUCUCAUUCAAAAGUUCAUACAUGAAUGAGAAAGAAUUACUUCUGAAUACAAGCACAGAUGACAAAGCUUUCUCUAAUUCAUUGGGGAUCGAAGAUAUGCCUGAGGGGCUGUUGCAAGAUACUGUUUUAGAAUGGAAAAAGUAUGAAGUAAGCACAACACGGUUAUCUCAGGUACUUGCAGAACAAUUGCGACUUGUGAUGGAACCCACUCUUGCAAGUAAGCUCCAAGGAGAUUAUAAGACUGGAAAGCGAAUUAACAUGAAGAAGGUUAUACCAUAUAUUGCAAGCCAUUUCCGGAAAGAUAAAAUUUGGUUAAGGCGGACCAAGCCAAACAAAAGGAACUAUCAGGUGGUUGUUGCUGUGGAUGAUUCACGCAGUAUGUCUGAAAGUAACUGUGGAAAUGCAGCUAUUGAGGCAUUGAUAACUGUGUGUCGAGCAAUGUCACAACUAGAGGUUGGCCAGUUUGCAGUUGCAAGUUUUGGUAGGAAAGGCAAUGUUAGAUUGCUCCAUGAUUUUGAUGAGCCCUUUACAGGAGAAGCUGGGGUCAAGAUAAUGUCUAACUUAUCAUUCAAGCAAGACAAUGCCAUUGUUGAUGAACCAUUGGCUGAUCUUUUGAAGUAUCUCAACAAUAUGCUUGAUAAUGCAGUAUUCAGAGCACGCAUGCCAUCUGGCCAAACUCCACUUAAUCAGCUCGUUUUGAUAAUAGCUGAUGGAAGGAUUCAUGAGAAGGAAAAUCUGAAGCGCUAUGUAAGGGAUGCUCUGAAUAAAAAGCGAUUGAUUGCACUUAUACUACUUGAUAGCCCUGAAGAAUCCAUCAUAGAUUUGAUGGAAGCAAGCUAUGAAGGAGACUGCCUUUCAUUCAAGAAGUAUCUUAACACUUUUCCUUUUCCAUACUACAUAAUUCAUAGAAACAUUGAGGCGCUUCCCCAGACGCUAGCUGAUUUAUUGAGACAAUGGUUCGAGCUGAUGCAGAAUGCCAUGGAGUAAAAUGCAUGGGAUCUUGGCUAUAAGCUUGCUCGAUGAAUGGCAUGUCAAUGCCCUAUUCUUGUGGCAGCCCCAUUCUGGUGGUUUGAGCUGAUGCAGAAUGCUGUGGCCUAAAAUGAAUGGGAUCUUGGCUAAGCUUGCUCGAAGAAUGGCAUGUACAUGUCAUAUUCUUUUGGCAGACAUCAACAACAACAAUGCCCUUUAUAUAAUUCAAUACUGAUGAAGUUGGAGCCUUUAAGAUCUUAAAACAACAGCAGAUUGCAUGUCCUCUUUCAACUUAUGUACUCACCCUGUAACUAUUGAAAAUUUUGCUUGGUAGAUUGAAUUAGAUUCCCAUUAAAUGGCGGUGCAGAGAUAAAUGUAUCUACAAAAUUAUAUAUAAUAUCAUAUUGCCAUUCAAUCCU